CUACAAUCGUCACCACCACCGCGACCACGAGCUGCAGCAGCAGGAGGGUGACAACAAGAUGCCCGCCAUCGUGCAGCACGAAGAUGAGUUGCAGCGAGAUGGUGCAUCGAAUAACAAUUUUUAUCCAGCACCCGCCAGCAAAUAUAGUUCUAGUUCUUCUACUCCAGCGGGCAAAAAUCGCCCGAGGCAGAACUACAUCAACCUCGGCAAGACGAGAAGCAUCUCCCACACAGCUUCACCAACCAGUGGGGCCUCGUCCGCGGUCCCUAGCGCACCUGGUUCUUAUGUGACACGGCAGAUUUCUGGAGGGCGUACUAUGAACAAGACCACGGCCGCUCCUGUCGCAAAUUAUGGCUACAAGAAAAGUGCUGGAACGGAACAGCAGCAACAGCAAUACUCUCAAAAAAUUGAUGUGUAUCCCCUACCUCAGCAAGAGCACCAGCGUUUAUUUGAAGAGUAUCCGACAUCAUUCCCGAAGAUCCCGGCGGGGGAACCAAAUUGGAAGGGACCAUCUUCAAAGGGAGCGGUUUUUCCAGCGGGACGCGACGUGGUGCACCAGUAUUACGUAAAUCACAACCAGUGUAGCAGUAGUGGAACUGGUUUCAACAGUACUAGCAACCACUUCUACAACAAAGGGGCUUCUGGUGGACGUCGAGGAGGAGGUGGAGCUCCUGCAGCUGAUGUUGCCAGCAGCUACGGCUACCACUCCACGUCCACCGAACACACGACAGCAGGCGACAAUUUUUACCCAAAUUACUCCAGUAACGGGCCCCCAAAACAGGAGAAGAAGAAACUUGAAAAAAACCUUAAAAAAACUUGAGCAUUUUUGAUUUAUGGCAUUGCAAAAAGCAGAAAUCAAGAGGGGCGACCGGAGGACAAAAAAAAGGCACGGAACGGACGCGAUUUCCGGUUUCUAAAAAUAACAAUCGCGGCGGCGAUUUUGAAAAACUAAGUUAGGUGAAGGGCGGGCGCAAAUUAAAAAUCCAAGGACUCGAUCGGGAGGCUUUUUUUUCAUUUUAUAGCGCGCCAAAAUCCAAAUUUGUGCCGCAGGAAUAGUCGUGCAUAAUUUUCACGCGAAGGCGCGCCAUUUUCAAAACUUUAUGCGUUCGACUAGGGGCAGAUAUUUUCCGCAGAAAUGGGGCAGCAUUUCGCACGAACUAGACGGUCGUGGGGCGCGGCUCUUCUUCAUUUAGGUGGGGGCCGCCUCGAUGCAUUGGUUGCGCCGCUCGCGGGGAUGUUCAAAAUCCCUGCUUCGCACGGGUUCCGGCUGCCUGGGUGCCCGCGCUUGGCGGGCUGGUGGGGUUCUGGCUCUCGCGAGGCCUUUUUGUAGUGCCGAAGCGGCCCCACUCGGAGGGCUUGCCGGCACAGGCGGCGCAGCGGGCCGUCCUUCCCGGGUCCCCCCGGAUGCCCUUUUAUAAUACGCAAAGCCCCGCGGCCCGCGCGACUCUGCGCAAGCAGCAUCUGGGCCCCUAGGCUUGUAUGCAUAGGGGUGCCCACGCGUGUGGGCAGGCGGCCCGUGCUUGCGCGCCGUGUUUGCACGGGUUCCUUCGAUCCGGUCUCGAAAAUGAAGAAAAUCAAAAGUGUCACACCAUCGGCCGGAGGGUGUGAUACUUUUUGCCGCGGUGCUGUCAUGGAUGCAAAAAAACACGCAAAACCGGCGUCGACCAUACCAUUGGCUCUAGGGUGUGAUACUUUUUGCCAGGAUGAGUCCACGGAGGCCGAAAAUGGCGAAAGCGGCGCCGACCAUGCCGUGGGCUCUAGGUUGUGAUACUUUUUGCCAGGCUGCUACGGCGUUCAAACUUGCAACCCGGGGAAAGUGUUGGCGAAAAUGCGCCACCUCCGCCGAAGCAUCUCGGCAGCAGGCGAAAAAAACUUGGAUCUGGCGACGUUUUUGGGCCAAAAUCUGAAGGGCCCCGUCCACCAUACCACCGGGGCUAGCUUGCGACGGCUUCCAAGCACGCGACCCGGCUUGCAAGUUUAUUCCAAGUUUAUUUCAAGUUUUUGUUGCGAUUCCGGCCGCCCGCGGGCGUGCCCAGUUUUGGGCCAUUUCCUGAGGCCUGUCCACGAGCUGACGGAGCCGAUUCGCGAGUCGCAAAAGCGGCGGCGCCUUCCGAAGGCGCCGGCCGAACUUGGGAAGGGGGGUAAAUUCCUGAUUUUUGGUGGUUUUCUUCGCCCAUGGUGCCGCCGUGGUAAAAAGUAUCACACCCUGGCGCCGAUGGUACUGCUAACGCAGGUUGCCGCGAUGGCGAAAGCGAAAAGCCUCGCCCGCGUGCCCGCCCUGCCAAAAAGUAUCACGCCCCAGCGCCCAUGGUAUGGCCGGCCGCGCUUCCCGCCUGGCCGCCCGGCUGCUUGCUAAGCACGCCGCGCCCGCUGGCGCCGCCGGCCUGGGCGCGGCCGGCCCCCUCGCCCGCCCCGGCGGCCCACGGCGUUGGUUCGUGAUUUCUACCGGCGCGCCGCGGCCGCACGCUCCAGGCCCAUCGGUUGCGCCGGCCACCCGCCAGGGGGGGCUCCGACGAGCUGUGCGCGCGGGCGCCUUGGGCUAUUCCGGACAAAGGAAAGGGCGAACCAGCGCGCCACCCCUAGCGCCCAACGCCGCCCGCCCGGGCUGGCCGGCGCGCCCCCUCCGACCGUACGGCCUGCCGGCCUUUUUGGGGUAUCAGGCUCGGCGGCCUUUUCGGCAUUGGCCGCCGCUGCGCGAAGCGGUCGGGCGGGCUGAUUAGCGGCGGGCGCGUUUUUUUUUCUGGGUAUCUAUAACGAAAAAGCAGCGAAGGCGGCACCCAAAACAACCUACGCCCGGUCUGAAUCUCGACAAUAGGCAGCUUUGGUUGGAGCGGCCAAUUGUCCGGAUUCGGGUCGUGUUUUGAUUUCAAAGCAAACGGGCAUUGGUUCCUGGCACUAAACGUGAGAAACAGUAUGAAAAUGCACAAAAAGCGUCGCACCGUUCCGCAGCUUGUCCUCCUGUUGUUGGUUUCAAAGUUGGGCGCGUCACACUCACAGGCGCGCUCACAGAGCAGCUUACGUUGAAGCUGUCGCGACCCUCGCGAAUAUGGGUCGCGCAAGUCUUUGGCAACUUAGUUGCAAGUUUCGAUCUCCAUAAAAUUGGGGGUCCGUUCCACCAGUAACCAAACGCAGCUUCUGGUGUGGUCGGAAAAAAUAAAGGUUGCGUCAUCAAGGGGUCGUCUCUUCCAUCUACUCCGCACGAACAGCAGCUAGUGCGCGGCAAGUCCGGCACGUCCUGCUCGUCUCCCUACCAAAACCAGAACAUGCUCCCGUCUUUAUCGUGUACAGCUGAACGAGGUGCAAAUACCCCGACGCCAACGCACGCGUACGGUAUGAAGUCGAAGGCCGCAAAUAAGGGCGGUGGUCGACGUGGCGGGAGCGGUGGUUCAUCUCAACACCAUCAUGCUGGGCACUAUCAUCAACAUCAUGGGGGAAAUUCAUGCUCACCUGGGACUACUAUCCCCACAACACCAGGAAGUGGCCAACAUCGCAUGAAUAGCAAAGGCAACAACAAGAACAAUUUUGAGCACCAUGAUUAUUACAACAAGCGCAGUCCAACCAUUCCACCACUGACAGAGGAGUAUUUGCGCAGUGCCCGGCAAAAAUCGAGGGAGUUUCACUUGGAAAAUAAUUCCACUGGUAGUAUUACUACUAGCCACAGGAAUUGGAGUCAUGAUCAUCCUCGUGUGCAGCAGGAGCAGACGGAUUAUGAGUAUCAUUCUCAAGAACAUUUCCCGGUUACUAAUAUUAGUCGGCAGUGGUCCAACGAGCAGCAACAUCUUCACGUAGAGAAAAAACAGCCUACUUCUGGUUUUUAUCCUUCAGACCUGCACCAGCACGAGCGCACGCGCAACCAGGCGCAGGCCAACGACCAACACAGCACCUACGCGGCGGGGGCCACGCUCUGCUCGACAACACAGCAGCAGGGGGGGAUGUCCAACAUGUCGAUGUCCCCGUACACAAAUACAACUUCUCAAGCAACUUCUCAUGUUCUUCACGAUGGAACAUCUUCAAACUACGAUUGCAAUGGUGCGCAGUUUAUUAGCCGUGCUGGGGUUCAGCCUAUGCAGGAGAAUUUUUAUCACAACCAGUACCACGAAACGACGACCAACAACGCGCUAGGUGGAGGUCCUGGCUCUUGUGGUCCAACUGCCGCCGGCUACAACAAGAACACGGCCACUGCGAUGAUCGUCCCUGCUCAGGACGAGCAACAACACCAACAACAACAACAAGGUUUGAUGUCUGUAGAAGAUUAUGUCGGAGGAAAGGGUGGGCCCACGGCACGUGGAGGAGGAGGUUCUAUUGCACCACCAGCAGGACAACAAUUAUACUAUCAUGCCGCAACAACACCAGGAGCAACUGCUGUUACUUCUGCCAAAAGUGGCCGCCACGAUUGCUCAACUGCGCCAGGCAGCCACAGGAACGAUGUUAACCCUUGUUCUUCUUACGGAACUACCACACCAGGCUAUGAUCAUAGUACCAGCAAGGACUGCCAGCCCGUGUUCGCGACCGUGCCUGCGCAGAAUGUAAUUCCUGGCGAAGGUGGUUGUGCCACGACCACUCAACACCACUACGAGCCUGAUCGCCCGCACCACAACGUUGUACGUCUCGCGCACCACCCCGAGUUGGCUGCGAUGGAAACUUCAUCGCUUCCGCCGGAAAGUUGCGCUGCGGAGGAAGGAACAAAAGUUGAUGGUACGACCACCGCCCGUGCUGGAGAGGCAUGCAAACAGAAGCAGAUGAAUCGCAAAGACGAUGCGAACAACAUCCAAACAGCAUUGGUAACUAGGAACGACCGGCUGUUGCAUGCUCGCGACGUCGUGCGGAAGGUUGAAGAGCAGGCUGCGGCUUUGACAAAAAAGAAACCGGACGACGAACAACGUGAAGACAAUGCUGGCCCGCUGAAACUUAUGCACGUUUGCAAAUAUCGAUCUGGGUCGUGUACUGGAAGUAGAUUUUUCCAUUGAUGGUAUUUUUUUGUGAUGUUGUGGAGAAGUUAUUUUCCGGAGCACAUAAAAAUCUGUCUUGCAAAGAAGUCAGCAAAAAGCGUGCUGCGGUUUUGUGUCUCCCGAAGUAGAGGGCAUGAAGACUUCUCAUGCAGGCACCCAGGCAUGCAAAAGCAAAAGCAAAAGCCUUCUCGGAUCUUGUCAUGCUCCGUGCCUUCGAGUGAACCUGACGCUGACCUUCCUGCAGAUCCAGAAAAUGCAUGCCAAGUGUCAGUCUGCGAUCGUCCACUGAGACCCCGAUCUUCGAUAUUUGCAAUUUAUAAAACUCCGCACGGACGAAGCGCGAAGCGGACCCGCUGCGCAGCGUCAGCGGAGCGGGGAAAAAGGCAAAUCUCGUCGCAUGGGUAGGCGAGGUUUCUACUAGAUAACCUACAUUCAGAUAUUUUUACUGCAGGCUCCUUUUGCUUUGUACCGGGAUCAUGUGCAGAUCCAGUGAAGUUGUACAACUUUCACUUUCGGGCACCACGCUUUAAUAUGAUUGCUGCCAGCACAAUGAGCUGAGGAUUUGUUUUCGUAUUAAGAAUUGUCACCUCGAUCGGUAGUUACUUAGAUGUUUCCGCUCUGAUAAUUCCUGCGGCAACGAAAUCAAAUAUAGCUACGACCUUCUCCCGGCUGCACAAUCUAUCUGGUUGAACAAUCGUAAGCGAAAAUUGAAAGUCUGAGCCCUCCUGUUGCUGCUGGAUCAUUACAUCAAGGCAUAGAGAACAUAUUCAUGUAAAUAGAGUGACGGGUUCAAAGAAGAAUCCGCCGCCCUGGUGAGUCGGAUUUUAUCUAUCUUUUACGUCCCAUCAAAAAAAGGUUCUUCUCCACAUCAAGACCCCACCGCCGCCGGCAACGCACCAGCGCAGCAGCAGGCGCCGGAGUUCUUUUUCCCCUUCGGAACCACCCCACAGCAGCAGCACGCGCAAUUUCUGGGGGGCCAGCCGCAGGUGCCUCCGCUCUUCGGACAGGCGACGUCGCCGGACAUUGAGCAGGCCGUGCGCCUCGGGUUUAGCACCCCUAGCCCGCGAACGGACUCUGCCGCUCUCCUGGUGCCCGAAAAUACAAAUACCGCUUCCUCGCUGCAGGUGUCCAUGCCGAAAAUUUCGCAAUUUAGCAUUGGACCUGGUGGGCCGCCAGCGCAAACGACAUCUUCUUCGCCUUCUAGUAACAAGCUGGAAACUGGCGAAUUAGUACAACAAGCGACUAGUACAACCGCAGGGCCGGCUGCACACACGACAUCACUGGCCCUUGACGGCGAUACAACUUCUGCGACGAAUAAAUUUUCAAGAACUGGCGUGGGUCCUCUUGCUCUUUCGCAAGAACAAGACGAAGACGAGGCUAGUAGUGCCAAGAAUAUGAAGCUUCGGUCGGGCAGUACGGCCAGUUCUACUGUUUUUGACUCGACCACCCAGCAAUACUAUCCCAGAUUUUCCGUUAUCGAAAUUCCAUUGGUCGAGAAGCAACGGGCCCUUUCCCGUAAUUUCUUUCGCUCGCAGCUAGAGAAUCCGGUGACCGCAGUAAAUAACAAUAUCGAUGAUGCAGCCGAGCAACGGCGAGCAGGAGGAGAUCGAGAUCCUCCGCCGGAGGACCAGGACCAAAUCCAAAACAAUGGCGCGGUUGUUCCCCGGUCCCUUCGCCAGAACUUUGGUUUUAUGCGGAACUUCCCUUUACUGCGCCACUUGGAACGGCCACAGCUGGAGAAGGCGGCGAAGUCCAUGGCGGGCCGAAUGUACGGGAAGGGGCUCACCUAUGGAAGUGUCAGGAUCGAAAUCGUCAGAGUUGAAAUGACUUGUGAUGCAUAAAACGGAUACCAGUUGGCGCCUAGUUAUCAAGUGGCGCAUGACAAAUUUGGGUAGAACUGAAACCCAGUUUGUAAUGCUGUUUGGGUCAGGAAGACGCCUUUUGUCAUGCUACUUUAGCAGCUCAAUUUGUACCCCUCAACAGGCUCACAAUCUGCAUCCCUUGCGCCCUCUGCAAUAGAGGCAGUUUCUGCGUUGCAUUUUAUGCACCACAAACUAUUUCAACUUUGACGAUUUCGAUCCUGACGCUUCCAUAUCACCGUCUACCGCCAAGGGGAACCAGGGGACCGGAUGUUCCUGAUCCUCUCCGGGUUGGCCCACGUCGUGGUGCGGGACGAGAAGUUACUGCACGUCGGUGACUAUGCAUUGCAAAUAAGUUGUAAAAAAUCGUCUUAGUUGUAGUAGAAAUCGCAAUUACCAUAUACAAAUCUUUGUUGUCAGAAGGAAAACAAGAAGUGGAAUCUCCUGUCGUGCAGAUAAAAAAUCCCCAGAUAUUAGCAAAACACAUGUCAUAGUUACAUGAAUGCAAAAAUUUUUACUACGAGUACGAUCUUCAACUACGUUUGCAGACGAUAGCUCUACCGUCCAAAUUCGGAAAGCGGUGCACUUCUCCGGGAAGCGGUUUCUGCCCGGGACCUUGGCGCGGAUCGACAAGUACGACGGGGCGCGGGAGUUCCCGUUCACCAUCACAGUCUUGGAAGACCAAGACUUGACCGGGAAAGUGGAGGUGAUGCACGAUAGUCAAAACACGACACAAGACUCCUCUUCCCAGCAACCGCCGAGGAAGCAGCGGGGACGGGUUUGGGGAAACGGUAUAAAUAUAUACAUACAACGAAGAACUUCGACCCUAAUUGACAACCAAGAUAGAUGGACGAUCAUACCGUUAUUUGUUGCUCCUUUGUUCGCUCGAUCGAACAAGAAUUGUCGACACGAAGAUAAAAGUCAUUCUCAUUAAGCUGCUCUGUAAUACGACCUCUAUCUGCGCAGCUAUUCCUACUGUGCGAAAUUAUAUAUAUAAGAGCGCUACAACUACAAGUAAAACACGCUAUACAUCAUUGAAGAGCAAAAUGAUCAACAUCAGAAAUCGAGCCUGCCCACGACCCUGUAGUCGAGCGUUACAUCACCACACUGGUCCCCGGCGAUUACUUUGGGGAGCAGCAAAUGUUUGGCACGAAAGAGCGGGGGGAGACCGUGGUGGUCGGGAAGAAAGCCGAUCUCGCGGUAAUGACGAUGUCGAAGAACACCUACCGCUCGCUGGGCCUACCGUACAAGCUCCCGCUAGGUCCGCGACGCGCCGUCUACCUGCAAAACUCGUAUGCAUUGAAAAUAUGUCUGGGUCUGGAAGGAUGCGAAUUUGUGAUGCGCAUUUCACAAGAACACUGACAAAUCUCUCAUGCAUGGGCAGCAAAAGGUGCCCAUUUCCUGUCACCAAUAAAGUGGGGUAUUUGUCAUGCGGAUUACGCAAUGCGGAUGCUUCUCGAGUUCUGUGAUGCGAGGGCUUCCAUGACAGACAUUUUGUGUCAUGCAAAAACAGCAUGACAAAAAUCUGCAUUCUUCCAGACCCAAACAUUUUUGCAUUUGAUAACUCGGCCCAGCGGACCAUCACCGGCUUGUCGACCCCCCGCGGCGUCGGCGCCGCCGUGAUAUUGAGAGGAAAAAUCCCCCCUCCCCAUAUUGAAACGGUAUGUUUCCAAAAAUUUGUGUUGCGAAUUUGAGGUCACAAAUCACAUCUGUUGUGCAAGAAGACAAGGUCAGAAGCUUCCGCCCCAUUGUGGAAGCGAUUUGUCAUGCUGUUGGGCCUAAAGGGGGGCCGUUUGCCAUGCUGAACUACUAGACCCAUACGCCCCUACCUAGCCUGGGGAUCUGGCCGCAGCGCCUCUCUGCAAUACAAAGCUGAUUUGUGGUCGCAAAUCGGCAUCACAAGUUUCCGUUUUGAUAUGGGGAGGGGGGAUUUUUCAUUUUGAUACGUGACGCUUGACGAGCAACAGGCGGCGAGCAGUAGUAGUGCAACUACCUCUUUUACCCCAAAGAACAAAAACGAUGCCGGAACAACAUCUACUACCGGUCCGGCCCUGUCCGCGCCGCAGACGCCGGCGGGCCAGGGAACCUCCGAGUCCAUCACGUAUCAAAUGCAAAAAUGUCUGGGUCUGGACGGAUGCGAACUUGUGAUGCGUGUUGCGGAUCAUACAAAAAUCUGUGUUGCAUGAUUUGCAAGAGUAAGAGGUUCCCAUUUCUGGCCAUUCUGAGAGGGCAUUUUUCAUGCAGAAUAGGCAUCACCAAGUGGCUGCAGAACCUGUGAGGCCAGGCCCUGCAACAUUCCAGACUUGGCGGAGCUUAGAAAAACUACAUGACAAGUCUCGGAAUCUUCCAGACCCAGACAUCAUAUUUGCAUUUGAUAUCACUCCACGGACGGCGAUUUUUACGGAAAAGGACGAGACGGCGCCCCUUAAAUACGCCCCGAUCAGCCGGUUUCUGAACAUCCACGAGAAAACGGUGGAAGAGAAACGAAAACUGAUCAAGAUGCUGCGGAAGUCGCAGGCACUGCGGCAGCUACUGGCCGACGUUUUGACGGAAGAAAGACUGGAGCAACUGGCGGACGUUGCCUUCCUGCAGAAGUUCACGAAGAACGAGGUGAUUGUGAAGGCGAACGAUCUGGAGCAUGACAAAAUGCUGCUGGUCAAGUCCGGGGAAUUUUUGGUCUUCACGCCGAAAGAGCUGCUGGUGGACGGCGGUGGAGUUGUUUCACCGCGGGAGCAGGAUGCUGAGGAUUAUACCGAGGUCGUCGCCGCGCCAGGUGAACAAGAGCUCGAGUACUACAACACCGCGGUCUCCUCGUCCUCGGCUGUGAUGUCGAGGACGAAGAACGAGGACAGGAAGCCGCGAAAAUCCACCGCGAAAUUUUUCCCCAACCCGCGGUUCAGCCAGGGUAUGCUCAGUCUCGCGGAGUGCGAGCAGCAAUCCCGACAUUUGAAGGAGAACCAAGAGGGGGGCAUUUUUGGGGAGUACACGGUGCUGUACGGAAUUCCGCCCGCGUUUUCGGUGAAGUGCGAAACGGACGAGGGCUUUUGCUGGGUGAUACCGCAGCUCUAUGCAUUGCAAAAGCAUCGUACUAGUAUAAAUUGCAUCACAAAUCUUGGCAAGAAGAAAAAUGGAAUUUGUAAUGCUGUUUUACCGUAGGAAGGAGAUUUGUCAUGCAUACUUGCAAUUAGUACGAGUGCGAUACUUUUGCAGAGCAUAAGCUCGCGUUCAAGACGAUUCUGCUGUCCUCGCAGAAAACCAACAUGCGGAAGAUUCUGGAAACGCUGACGGACAUUCGGGAGCUGUCCGUGUUGAACCACCACGAGAAGCUGGAGCUCGCAGCCACGUCGAAAAUCAUUCAUUUGGAAAAGGACCAGUCCAUCAAGUUCGGGCAAAAUUUCGAGGUCCAGAUGAACCAAGCGUCACAGCAGGCCGUGAGCGGGGAGAUGGGCUUGGGGCAACAGGAGGAGCACGCGCAGGCCGCGCGCCAGGCCGGGCCCAGCAGUACGCAAAUCAGUCCUUCCGGCGUGGUCUCCACGACGGGCGGGGUUCGCGGGUUCGGGCUCUCGCCCGGGGAGGUGAGCACGGACAGAAAUAUGAUGUACACGGGGGCGUACUACAACUCCCAUGGAACCCCAGCGCCGAUGCAAAACCUGACCACCAUGAGCACCAGUAAUAACAACUUCUUCGCAGGAGCAGGGCGAGGCGGGCAACAUCAGAACCGCCAAAAUAAUAGAUCCGGUCCUGCAGCUGCAGACGGUGGUGGCGCGACGGGCAGUAGUUCAUCCCCUUCUAAGCUGAAGACCGAUCCGCUGUAUCACGCUGCCGACAAUUUUUUUCGGUCGUACCAGGCCCACGUAACGGCGAACGGGCAUAGCGCGCGAAACCGCAAGGAGGAGAUGAAUCUGGACUUUAUCCACUCCAUUCAGCAGGACAACAGCUUGUAUUUGUUGCUCAAUGGGGAAUAUGCCUUGCAAAUAUCGAUCUGAGUCUGGAAGGAUCCAAACUUGUCAUGCUAAAUGUCUGAAACCUGCAGUGCACAAAAAUAUAUAAAUCUGCGUAUGUUGCAUGAACCGCAUCAAAGGUAGUUCUUGUCUACUUCUUGCCACACAAUAGAGAGCCGAGCGAACUUCUCUUCCCGAAAGGGCAGGAACAAGAAGAAGCUCUUGCGCAAUCUGUGAAGAUGCUUCUGGAUGCGACAUUCCAGGCCAUCUUUGUCAUCCACGAACUGCACGACCAUGAAAAACGUCGCCCUCUUGCAGACCCAGAUCUUCGAUAUUUGCAUUUGAUAGGGAAGUGGAGAUCCGAGGUCCGAACCUGAAUCCCGAGAAAACCGUGGAGGGUAGCGGCAGCCGGAGCAACCACCCGCCGCAGCACAACGAGGUAAAAAACAACCCGCACAUCGGUAUUUCGUACCAAGAGGCGGAGCGGAUCGGGUACACGAUGAGCGACCCCGUCGUGGUCUUGCGCGGCAACAGCAGCCGACUGGUUUCUAUGUUCCAAUACGAAGACCACGAGGUAGACGACCCCUACGAGGCCAAAGACUGGGACGAAAUGCGGCGGGAGUUUAUCAAGGGAAGAAUCAAGCGACGGAAAUCCACGAGCUUUGGCGCAAAUAAUCGGCUAACUACGCAGAAAGCAGGACGAGCAGGAGCCACAAGUAGAACUUCCAAGAACUCGGCGGAGAUUGCGGAGGGCACGACCGUCGACGCGACGACAACUCGCUACGACACGGCGUAUGAGGGACGGGACACGCACACGACUGUGCCUCUUUCCAAAGAGGAUGAGAGUCCAAUAGGAGAGGAUUACGAUUUUGUUGAAGAUUCUACUAAUCUUGCUGCACCUCCAGAACCAGAGAAUGCAGAGGAACUUGAGGUGGUCGAACCCCUGCCCCGGCAGCAGGAAGUGAAUGAAAAUAACGAGGAUAACAAUCCUGCGGUUCGCAUCGAGCAGCUUCAGCACCUGCAGUAUUUCGGCGAGCGAACGCUGCUUCGCCCCAUGGACAUAAGUGCCGGGAGUAGAAGCAAGGCGCUGCCGCAAGGAAGUAGAGCUUCCUCCUCCUCCAGGAGCCGCGCCGGCACCAUGGGCGGUGGUCCGAUGUACGCAAAGGCCACCGUGACCAGUCUACAGGGCGCGACUAUUCUGGUGGUCCCCCCGAGUACCUUCUACCGCGUGUUCCCGCCCUCGCUGGGCGAGAGCAUGCUGCAGGCCGGCGUGGAGCGACGGUCGGAACCCCAGGAAAACACGGAGGAGCACGAUAUUCUCCAGGAUGUGGAUUUGUUUCUGGUAUUUUUGAUCUGGCCAGCAUGUUAAUACAAGUAGGAAGAUCAUCGGUAGUUGCCUGCCUGCCGCAUCAUGUUCAUGGCACCAAGAACAUGCCGUGAUCAUAUUCAUGAAAACUACAUCAGGCUCUACGGGCCUUAGGUUGCUAAAGCAGCUGCUUAUUUAUUAGUUCAUCUUGUUUAUCAUGCGAAUCAAAGAAAUGACACCAGCAGCAAGAAAGAAAGAAAUUUAUGUUUACAAAAAAAAAAAAACCAGAACUGGCGCCCUAUCCCGUUGAAUUCGCUGAAGGAACUGAACGUGCUUGGUUGCGUAUCAAAAUCAAAAGUGCCCCUUUCCCAGAAGUGGAGAAUAUUUCUCAGGCAAAGCUAAAGACAAGUUGCCUUUCCAAAUGGAUAUGGAAAUGAAUUUGUCUUGCAUGAAAGGACGACGCGGCUUCCCGAUCGAGAGCUUAAUACAGGUGUUUGAAGCCGUUUCUACAUGUUGACAAAUUCUGCGACUGCUAGGACUUUUACUUUUUGCAACUUGUUUACAAAGCUUUGCUUUUCUGCAUAGGUCGGCAUACUUUGUGUUGCUGCAUGAAGUUGUAAUGGGGAUUGUUUUCAAUUUCAUCGGGAGGUGAUUCACCUUGACUUUGUUUCUGGGGUACUAGGGGCAGUUUUCAUUUCCAUAGUGUGGGGGCUUCGGUCGUGUGAGUCUGCGCGUGCACGUGGAAUCCGGGAGCACGUUUGCGCUGAAGUCGAUUUCCAAGGGAUUUUUGCAGAGAAAACGGAUGUAUCAAAUGCAAAAAUGUCUGGGUCUGGAAGAUUCCGAGACUUCUCAUGCAGUUUUUCCAAGCUCCACUAAGUCUAGAAUGCAGGACCUAGCAUCACAGGAUGUGCAGCCCUUCUGUGAUGCCUGUUCUGCAUGAGAAAUGCCCCCUCAGCAUGGCCAGAAAUGGGCACCUUUUGCAAGUCACGCAACACAGAUUUUUGUAUGAUGCGCAACAUGCAUCACAAGUCCCAACCUUCCAGACCCAGACAUUUUUGCAUUUCAUAGGAUGGAGUCGGCUGUGUUCCGGGAGAAGGAAAUUCUCUUCCUCUGCAAGUGCCGCUUCAUCGUACGCACGUUUCAGACCUACCGCGACAACGCGUAUAACCCGCUCAGGUGUUACAAUCUCAAGCGUUACAAUAGAAUAUGGAAAUCUGUGAUGCAAGAGUGCAUGAUCUAGCCUCUUCCCACAGGAUUGCGCAUGACAAGUUUCGGAGCUCCAAGCCGCACUAUAAUCUGGCUAAAUUUGUAUUGCAAAAAGUGGAGCGCUCUGCAAGUCUGUCAUGCUCAUCAUGCAACACAAAUUCCAGAUUCUAUUGUAACGUUUGAGAUUGUAACACCUGAGCAGGUUAUAACGCGUACGUGCACUUUCUGAUGGAGGUGUGCCUGGGCGGGGAACUUUUCUACCAGUACCACCGAUUCAAAUACCACGGAAGUAUUACCAAGGCCAAAUUCUACUCGGCAACGGUGAUCACCUAUCCUGCAGAAAAAAGCUAGUAGCAUCUUAUAUUCGUUGUACUAAAUAACUCCAGACGAUAUAAGUGGUGCAUGACAAGAAAUGUCGUGCUCCCAGUGGAGGUCUCGCCCAUCAAGGUAAAUAAGUAAAAACCAGCACGCCCACUAGUAAAACUCCACUUUUCAUCAUGCCGAGAGCGUAAUUUUACUUUUACGCAUGCUAUGGUAUGCUAUGGGCUUUUUCAGUGUGAUAUCGCUGCCUUUGCGUACCUCCACGCGCGCGGCGUGCUUUACCGCGACCUGAAGCCCGAAAACCUCCUACUGGACCACCGCGGCUGUUGCAAGUUGACGGACAUGGGGCUGGCAAAGAUCAUCGGCACGAAUGGGAACGUGAAAACGUACACGACCUGCGGCACGCCGGACUACUUUGCGCCGGAAAUCGUAAAGCACGAGGGGCAGACGCUGGCGGUGGACUGGUGGUGCCUCGGCGUCUUGGUGUUCGAACUCAUGACGGGCAACGCGCCCUUUGAAGCCUCGGACACGCAGCGAACCAUGCAGCGCAUUUAUCAAAGUGAAAAAAGCCCCCACCCCAUAUCGGAAACGGAAGAUGCGCGAAUUUGUGAUGCUGUAUUUGAGUACACAAAUCAACUUGUAUUGCUAGAAGGCCAAGAGACGAAGCUGCGGCCUAAGUUGCAGGCUAUCUGUCAUGCUGUUUCCCACUUCCAGUUGCCUUUUGUCAUCCUGGAGCUGCAAGGCUUUCCCACGCCGGACAGCACUACAGUCCGCAUCUUUUGCCUUCUAGCAUCACAAAGCUGAUUUGUGACCACAAAUCUGCAUCACAGAUUUCCGUUUUGAUAUGGGGAGGGGGCAUUUUUCAUUGUAAUAGCAUUGUGCGAGGUAAAAAUAAGUGGAUUUCCUUGUCACUCCUGAUGCGGUUGCGGAAGCGCGGCCAUACUAGCUCGAAUAUAAUUAUUGCACUCUCGUCUAUUUCUACUUCUGAAGUUCUAGAAACUGCACAUGAAGUAGAUGUUGUAAGGCUGCAAAUCGUGUUUAAAAAUAACCUCAGGUGUGUCGCGCGUGAACUUUGACGGCUUCCAGCGUCGUGCGCCGGAUAUCAUAUUGAAAAGCGCCCCACGGCCCCCACGCCCACCCCCACCCCCAGAAGUAGUAGAAAAUCAAAAUAUUCAUAUUGAUUAAUAUGAUUUCUGAUGCAGAACAAGACUUUAAUUCAUGCAUAGAGAUUCUUUUUCUUUCUGCGAUUCAGAUUCCAAACCAUCUACUACAAACAUGCCAAGCCCCAGCGCUGUUAUGUUAGGUCCUUAUUUUAGCAAUUGCAACGCAAAUGCUUUUUCCAAGUGCUGAAGAGCAGCCCUGGGGUAAGUAAGUACUAUGUCGAGGGGUAUCGAAUGUAAAAGUGUCUGGGUCUGGAAGAUUGCCAGAUUUGUCAUGCAGGUUUUCCAUGACCCAUGAGGUCUGGUAUGUAGGACAUAGCAUGACAGAUUCUGCGGGACAUUUCUAAUGCCUAUCCUGCAUGAGAAACUGCCUCUCGAUUAGGUCAAAAGUGCACAUCUUUUGGCAAUCAUGCAACACAGUUUUUUGCCUGAUUCAGAUUUAGCAUGACAGGUCGACACUCCUCCAGACCCAGACAUUUUUACAUUUGAUAAGGGGCACUUUUUACUGUGACACCGGAUUGCGUCGAUCUAGUGGUGGGUUUGCUGCAGGGUGACGCGGCGCGUCGGCUGCCGAUGCGCAAGGGCGGACCACUAUCCUAUGUCAAAACGUACCCACCCCAUACUUAGUCAAGAUGGGGAAUCGGCUAGACAUAUCCACAAGCUUUGGCUGUUUCGCAUGACAAAUUUGGACGCGUAGUGUAGUGCUGUUUGAGCUAGUUCAGCAGCAUUACAGAUCUAGUGUCUCAUGCUGAUUGGAGCAUGACAAAUUUCAAAACACCAUUAGAAAAUGCUCCUCAUGGGGCUCCGCAUGCGAAACAUUUUAAGCAUGCAGAUUUGCAUGACAACUAUGGUGUGGGGACGUUUUUACACAGGAUAACCGCUGAAGAACCUGCGCGAACACCCGUGGUACAAACACUUCCCGUGGUACCCAAGAAAAAUCAAACACCAUCGUGAUCACUUGAAUAUUUGCGCUUUUCUUUCUGACAUUUUUUCCGACGGACUUCAUCUGUGGUCAUGCGGAAAUGUAAAUGCAUUUUCUUCACACCUUUAUCCCUCGUUCUGUCCUGUUGUUUUUCUGCAAUGUGUGAUGUGAAACUUUAUUGCCAUGCCAGACAAAGUUCAUGUGAGGCAGCAGAGCCUGCUCCUGCAAACAAAUUGUGAUAUUGUGCAAGAAAAUGAAAAGAGCUGCCUGUAUCAAAUAGUUGUGAUUUUGAGGGUGUUUUUUUUUGUUUUAUAUCGGGCGGGAAAUGUGGCAGGGCACGGUGGAAGCCCCCUUCAUUCCCCGGGUGCAAACCAACCAGGACUGCGGAAACUUCCGGCCCAAGAACAAACCGCCACCGGUAUGAAAUGCAAAUAUGUCUGGGUCUGGAAGUGAGUGCAAACUUGUGAUGCGCAUUAUUUCACAACGCGGAAAAAUCUCUCAUGCAUAGGCAGCAAAGGCUGCCCGCUUUCUGUCACCAUCACCAAAGUGGGGCAUUUCUCAUUCUGAUUCGGCAUUGCGGAAGCUUCUUGAAGCCUGUGAUGCUAUAGCUUCCAUGCCAGACCUUCUGUGUCAUGCAAAAGCAGAGCGUCUCUUCCAGACCCAGACAGGUUUGCAAUCCAUAACCGGCGCAGGAUUACAAUCCCCACGCACCUGGUCACGAUCCAGACUGGGAUAGGGAUUUCUGA